GUAAGUUUGUCUUACAUGUUGGUUGGUAACAUUGGCUGUCAGAGAUCGGCGCGUCGCUUUUCUUCGUGUCUUGUUAUUAUAAUCGCCAUAUUUUUAAUUUCAUUUUUGAGCGAUAAACAUUUGAAUUUACUCAGAUUAAGAAAACAUCUUAAUCUAUCUUAAACGGUCAAAAAUGUCUGGGGCUGGUGACAGCGAUGAUGGCUGCUACAUUGCGAAAUUGAGGGGGCUACCGUGGUCUGCGACAAUUGAUGAUAUUAUAAAUUUUUUCGAAGAUUGUAAAAUUCUUAAUGGGAAGAAUGGUGUACACAUGACUACGUCUAGAGAAGGUCGACCAAGUGGAGAAGCUUUUGUGGAAUUUGAAGAUGUGGAAGACUUGGAAGCUGCUGUUCAGAAGGACAGGGAACAUAUUGGAAAUAGGUAUAUUGAAGUUUUUAAAGUAAACAAAGCUGAAAUGGAUUGGGUUAUAAAACGAUCAGGUCCUACAUAUGGAUCAAAUGAUGAUGGCUGUGUAAGAUUGAGAGGCUUACCUUUUGGCUGUUCAAAGGAAGAGAUAGCACAAUUCUUCACUGGGUUGGAGAUAGUACCCAACGGAAUAACUCUUCUGACUGACUACUCGGGGCGAAGUUCUGGGGAGGCGUUCGUAGAGUUUGUUAACAGAGAAGUGGCAGAGAAAGCUCUGCAGAAACAUCGAGAAAAGAUCGGACACAGGUACAUAGAGAUAUUUCGCAGCAGUCUUUCCGAAGUGAAUAGUGUUGCCGGAGGCCAAGAAAGUGGUGGAAUGGGGGGUGGCGGUAGACGAAUGGGUUCAGUGUUCAAUAGUCGCCCAAGUCCUUAUGAUAGGGACAAUAGAUUCGGUGGUGGUAGAUUUGGAGGAGCUUCAAGAGGUGCCCGCAGUUUCAAAGAUUACAAUAAUAGUUAUGAUCGUCCAUCUUGGUCAAGUAAUCGAAAUGGAAAUGACAUGGGAUCAAGAAACUCUUGGGAUUCUUGGGGAGGUGGUGGAAAUGAUCGUUCCUUAGGAGGUAUGCAUUGCAUUCACAUGAGAGGAUUGCCUUUCAAAGCCUCCGAAGAUGAUAUUGCAGAUUUCUUCAAACCUGUUGUUCCAAUAAAUGUAUCCCUACUCCAAGACUCUAUGGGAAGAGCUUCUGGUGAAGCAGACGUAGAAUUUGCAACUCACGAAGAUGCAGUUCGAGCAAUGAGCAAAGACAAAGGUCACAUGCAACAUCGAUACAUUGAGCUGUUUCUCAAUUCAGCAGGAAGUUCAAGCAAUGGCGGCAACGCUUACGGUGGCAUAGGUAGAAGACGAAUGUAACUUCGAUUGGUUGAAGAAUAUAUCAUGUUUAUCUGAAAUUUGAUAUGACGUUUUAUAAAUAUGUGCUUAAUCUCACAAUAGAUAAUUAUUUUAUCUGAGUUCUUUUCAGUUAUUGUAGCUGCAGUAUAUAUUUGAUUAUUUACUGUAAGAUGAUUCAGUUUUAUUCAUAAGUGGACUCAUAUUAGAAUAAGUUGAAUAAAACAUGUUCCAUAUUUCUAGAAGUUGAUCGUGACAGAAAAUAAAGAAUUACAUAAAUGUUUUUGAAU